AUGUGCGGAGUGGGUCCGCUGCCAUUGCUGGAGGCCUUGACUGCUGCGCUGUCACAGUCGCUCCACAGCUGUGAUGGCCGUGCAGUGGGUGAGGUCGCUUGGGCCCUUUCAGUGUUACGUUUCAGAUCCGAGCAGUGUCUAGCGGCCCUCUUUGACGUUACGUCCGACCUCGGCAGUUUUCCGGUGGACGCGCUGACGAAGAUCCUCUGGUGCUUGGAUAGUUUUGGCAAGCGCGCGCAGACUGAGGAUCUCGCACUGCGGGCAGCGCGCCUCAUGGACGCCUCGCAUUCCGAGGCAUCUGGGAGGCUGAAGCUGUUGACCUCCAUCAGCAUCCUUGGGUCUGCGCAGACCUUGCAAGGAGAUUUCGACCAGCAAGUUCUCCAGCCACUGGCCACAUCCCUGUCAAGGCUCGCCUCAGGCGCAGCCUUUGGGCCGUGUAUGGAUUUGCCGGCCCCUCAUCUAGGGCCUCGGCACACGGCCCGAGCUCUGCGAGCGCUGGGGGUGCAGGUCUCCACCUUCGAGAACCACAACCUCCCGAACUGGGUCGUCGAAGCCCGGACUCUUGUUGCGGAGGUGUUCGGCGAGGAGGGCCCGCUGCCCAUGCUGCCCGUGUGCAAGGAGAAGUCCAAGAUUCCCGUGGUGGAUCAGGAGGCGUAUGCCGAGAGUAUCACGCGGUUCGGGGUGGACAACUUUGGCAAGAUUGGAGGACGCUGCCUGAUGAACCAGUUGGGCAUUGGCCGGGCGGAGGAGACGUGGCUGCAGAAGGUCAAGCAAUUCCUGAGGGCUUGGACUGAAGGUGUGGGCAGAGCAUCCUCCGACUGGAAGGCACAGACUGCGCAUCGCCGAAUAUAUGCUUUCGCGGAGUUUUCCUUCGAGAGCACCUUCCUUCCCGGGAAGCCUCUCUUGGAAGGCACCAUGCUUCAGUUGAAUGGCCUCCAUGCCGAUCCGGAGUUCACCUUCCGCCCGUGGCUCUGCGUGCGGCCUCCCAGCUUGUGCUUGGUUGCCACGGGGGGUGAGUCAGAAUUCCACAUUUGGAGGAGACGAAUGGUUCGGAAGAACUGCGGCGUGCUUCAACGUGAGGCGGUGCAGCUGCCGAUCAGCAAGUGGGUGGACAGGAGCCAGGGCGAUACUCGUCCUGAACUAAUCCUCAGCCCUAAACGUUUCCUAUACCCCGAAACCGUAGGCUCCAACCUUCUCGAGAUGCUGCAAGGCUUUGUGGCAGUUCUCAUUCUGACACCUGCCAAAACUGGUAACUGCGUGGCAGGAGCCCUUCCCCCAAAAUUUGACGUCAUUGUCCAGCUUGAGCUUGAAAGUUUUCAACGGAGCCACAGGACACUCUGCGCCGAAUUCCAGCUGCUAGGAGAGGCGCGGGGGAGCUCCCACUACGUAGUGCAAGGCUACCUAUGGUAA